CCUCCCGGUGUUCCCGACUACCCUCCAUCCGACGGGUAUGCAUUCAGUAACACCGUUUACAAAAGAGGGCCUCUGCUGGACCAGGGGGCGGCUGUUGCUGCCUUUAAGCAAACCGUUAGCCGACACGUAGAUAGAAACUAUGAAGCACACAGUAAAGCACAGACCAAGAAAUAUGCCAAGUGCAAGUACGAAUUUAUGGCAAGAAACAACAGUGAGCUUUCUGUCAUGAAAGAAGAGAUUGUAGAGAUUCUGGAUGACAGAAAGCAGUGGUGGAAGGUUCAGAAUAAAAGCGGCAGCACAGGCUUUGUGCCAAACAACAUUUUGGAUCCUCUGAGGAAUCAAGAAGGUGGUCCAGGAUGGUCAGAGCCUGCGUAUACCCGCACCAUCCAGAAACAACGGACGGACUACGUUGCAAAACAGCCUGAUCCAGUUCCUGCUACUCCUUCACCGCCUCCAACACCUGCUCCAGUCCUCGCCACUGUCCCCCUCCCUCCCAGUGCACCAGCACCUAUACCAGUUCCCGUGCCCAAAGCGCCAGUGACCAUCAGCCGCCAAAGCAGCACCUCGAGCGACAGCGGCGGGAGCGUUGCGCGAGACGCCCAGAGGCAGAAGCAAGUUCCUGUGGAUCGCAGGAAAUCGCAGAUGGAAGAGGUGCAGGAUGAACUUGUUCACCGUCUCACCAUCGGCCGGAGCGCUGCCCAGAGGAAGUUCCACGUGCCACGACCAAACAUCCCGGUAGUUAACAUCACUUACGACUCUUCACCUGAGGAUGUGAAAGCGUGGUUGCAGUCCAAAGGAUUCAACCCUGUGACUGUCAACAGCCUUGGUGUGCUGACGGGUGCUCAACUUUUCUCCCUCAAUAAAGAGGAACUGAGGACUGUUUGCCCAGAAGGGUCCAGAGUCUACAGCCAAAUUACGGUACAGAAAUCUGCUUUGGAGGCUAACAGUGGUAGUUCAGAACUGCAAGAAAUCAUGAGAAGGAGACAAGAAAAAAUCAGUGCAGCUGCCACAGAUUCAGGUGUGGAGUCCUUUGAUGAAGGAAACAGCCACUAAAUGUUUUUCCUCCUUUCUUUAAUUCCAUUGUCCGUAGCAUUAUACCAUCCAGCUUUGCUUUAGGAAGCAGUGAAGGGGAAUGUCUUAUUACAUUGUAAAAGUAACUAGCCACCAUAAAGAAAAUUUACAGUAGUCUCCACAGAAGUACCUGCUGCUGGCUUCUCAUCAUUAAAAAUAAACAGAUGGCAAAUUCUAUGGAGGUUCCUGACAGGUGAAAACAUUAGCACAUGAUUCAUUUCCACUCAAAGAUGAGUCUUGGCUUUAUGGAAUUAAUACGACAGAUUAUCUGGAACAUGUCUUUGUUUGUGAUUCAUCUGAGGGAAGCUGAGCCAGCAAUAAAAAAGCAUUUGAACCCUUCAGUAAUAAUACGAUUCUGAAUUCCAUCUCUUGCUGUAGUGUGCAAUUAUGCCUUUUUGGCUCAGGCUUUCUUGUCAUGCUUUUGGCUGCAGGAUGUUUA